GUGGUCGAUUAAGGCGAGCGCUUUUAAAACCAGCCCGCUUAAGCAUCAUGCGCACGCGCCCUAAAGUACGGGCUAAUAGAUUACAAAUAAAGCCAGCCCGAGCUCCUUGUCUAUGAUGAGUCUGUAGCCUUACUUUGAAUUUACUUUAUAUUUAACGAUGGGCAAUGAUGAUUUAACGAACUGUUUAUUUAUAAAAACAAAAACGAUAUCUCCAGCGGCGUGAAUAAGCUGAAAGGGCAUCGUAUUCAGGGAAUUUCGCGUGUCCUGAUGAUUCAUUAACUUUUUGCACAUGACUUGCCACCUCACUGCUCCUAGAUGGUGAAAUUUUAAUUAACCUGGCAUUCUCCUCUGUAACAGUAUGACCGUACUUUUCUAAAAAGUCUAGCUAUUACAAUAGUGUGCUGGGAACUGCCCAAUGAGCCGAGAUCCCAUCGCUGCCCAGGCUGCGGCUGAUGUUGGAACUGAUUCAGGGUCAGCAAUGUGGUUCCAGUGGAAGAAAACCCAGACUCAUAUUGUGUGACUAAGCCCGCCUUUCCAGAGGAAAGUCCCGCCGGAUAAAAUGUCGUUAGGUUUGAAAAAGAACUCAAAGCGGGAGCCUUUAUUUAUUUUUACUAUAUAUAUUGCAGUAUCAUUCGCCUACUUGUAGACAGCCCGUUGAACAGUCACAAAAUCUGUGUUGCGUUCAAUUAAACUUUCUAGAAUUUUUAACUAUAUUGCUAUCUUUGUAUUAAGUGAAAUACGGCGUUAUCUGUGUGAAACGAGAUAUUUGCAUUUUGCGUUCCAGGUCCUGACAUAUGUCUCCGUUUCGCUUUCUGACUGCGUUGACAGAUGUGAUAGGCACGGUAAACGGGAUGGUCAAUACGGUUUUUGUAAACGUCGGCCCGAGUUUAACGCCCAAUUAUUUUAUUUCAACUGAUUUAUAUUUUGACCAAGUGCACACAGCAUUGAACAUGAGGAAGGAAAUCGCAGCUGUGGUGUUCUUCCUGAAACGUCUCAUAAGGAAAGCAGAGAAACUAAAGGCUGAGCAAGUGGAGAAGUUUGUGGAACGACUCACUGUGGCUUUACAGGAGAAAUAUAGGGGGCACUGGUAUCCAGACAAUCCUAGCAAGGGUCAGGCUUUCAGGUGUAUACGAGUGAAUAAGUUUCAGAGGGAGGAUCCAGAGCUGCAGCGGGCUUGUGAGGAGAGUGGGGUUCUGUACAAAGACUUGGGGCUCCCUCGAGAGCUCACGCUGUGGGUGGACCCAGGGGAGGUGUGCUGCAGGUAUGGUGAGAUGAAUCUUGCCUUCACGGUGGCAAGUUUUUCUGGGGACGAUGACAACAAGGAAGACGUGACCAAGGAGGUGACCAGUGCGGUUGAGAGGGUGACGUCCGACUAUCAUUCUGGCUCCUCAUCGGAUGAGGAGAACAGCACCAGGGACAUUUCGGCCACUGCUCCUCUCGUCCAGGGCCGGCCUCUCUAUCAGGUUGUCUACCCUGUGGUGCCCAUGUGGCACCCAUCACCCAGGAGAAAACCCGGGCCCAGUAAAGGGCAGGGCCUUCAUCACCACGCCUAUGGCUUCCGCUCACAUGGCAAGCCCAUGGCCUCCUUCAGGCAGAGUACCUGGGCUCUGACGGGGCCUCGUGGUGUAAACAGUUACUGGGGCAGCACCCCUAAUCUGGUGCACUCAUAGAAUUCGCGGUAGCCAUCCAGUGUUGUAGAAAGGAACCACUACUUAGUGAACCUCUUUUUUUUUUUCAUUUUUUUUUUUGAACAAAAAAAAUAUUUUUGUAGAAAAUGUUACUUGUCGAUUUUUUUUUUUUUUUUUUUUUUAAUGUUAAGUCUUUGCACUUUAGAUCAUUUCUAACAGAAAACUGUGUAAGGUUACUGCAUAUAAACAUAGUGAACUUAAUAUGAAUUUUAGAAAUAUGUGCUGUAUUUAUAUUUAACAGGAUCAUUGUUAUUCUGAUGUGACUUUGAGUCUGUACUGUUAAAAAUGACCAAAUGUUUUAUAUUUAUUCACAGCAAAUUAUAAUGUAUUGUUCACAAAACCUAAAUUAUAAGACACAUUAAACACAUUUUCCCUAGGUAGUAUUUUUCUGUUUUUGUAUAUCAAAUGACAUUUUUGCAGCUGUAUUUUCAUGUUGUUUCAAAGUUUCCUGAGACUAGUCGUAAAGUAUAAUGGAUAUAUUUAAUGGAACUUGGAAAUAUUAAAUUAUUGUGCAUUAGCAAAUUAGGGCAAUUGCUUUUUCACUACCUUUUGUAUUAUGAGCCGUGAAAUGUAACUACAGUUUCUUGUUUUGGUGUCAGAAUAUAGAUAUUUUUAAAAAUAUUGAUUUAAAGGUGCUUUUUUCAAGUCUUAUGUAAGAAAUCAUAUGCCCAAAGUAUCAAUAUAUUGACCGAAGUUUCAAAUUGACAACAGCCAUUUUAAUAAUGGCUCUCCAGAAUCAUGCUGUUAGGAGAAAAAGUGCUUUGGAUGGUAAGUUUUAGGGGCUGUGUAGAAUUUGACCUGUAUUUUCAUGUUUGGAAUAAAACAAAUAUUGAUCAUAUGAAA